AUGAUCAAGGCAAUACUGAGUUAUUAUAAAUUGUUUUUGUUUGUUUUUCUACCGCUGUUGUUGCUGCCGCUUGCGCUGGUUCUGGAAGGCGAGGAGGAUGGGAUUGAUUUUCGAAAGCUUGGGCAGUUUAGCUACAUGCUUGUCAUUGUCGCAUCUUUCUGGAUCUUCGACGUCCUCCCUUUGGCCGUCACCGCCCUCAUCCCCUACAUCAUCCUCCCUAGCUUUGGAAUGAUCAGCUCUUCCAUCAUCGCAUCAAAAUACAUGUCGAAUGUGAACUUCCUCCUUAUGGGCGGAUUCAUGCUCGCAAUUGCGAUCGAAGAAUCAAAUCUGCACAAACGCAUUGCUCUUGGAACCCUGAUGCAUAUUGGCUCGAAUCCGAGAGCGUUGAUGUUUGGCUUUAUGCUCGUCACGUGGUUGCUUUCGAUGUGCAUUACAAAUACGUCAACGACGGCGUUGAUGAUUCCAAUCGUGAUCAGCGUUCUUGAGCAGUUGAAAGAAACGCAAAAAGGGGAGAUCUCAGAAGAGGCAGACAAAGAAGCUGGUGAUAGUCAUGAAGACAAAGAGGAGAAAAUCACAGGCUUUGAUAAAAUCAGCCUAGAUUCAACGUGCUCGGAAACUUUGCCAAGCGAAAAACCAACUCGACUUGAAAUCUACCUCCUCCUCUGCGUCCCAUUUUCAGCCAACAUCGGCGGCCUUGCAACCCUAACCGGGACCGACUUGAACGUCUACCUCGCCGGCUACUACCGCGAGUUCUACGAAGAAUACGCGGAUGUAGAUGGAAAUGAUUAUUUCGACUUGACUUAUGCAAACUGGGCAAAGUAUUCCAUGGUCCAGUCGUUGACCGUUUUUCUUCUUUCUUUUUUCUGGCUCCAGGGGCUCGGAUUUGGCUGGAACCCGAAAGACUGGCUCAAUUGCAAAAAUAGUCCAGAAGCGAAUCAGGUCAUCAGAGACGAGUACAAAAAACUCGGCCCGAUGAAACAGGCAGAAUACUUGUCCCUGAUCUGUUUCGUCACUACAGUCAUUCUCUGGAUCUCACGUGACCCUUCAGAAGACGCGAGCGGGUGGGCUGAACUCUUCCCGGUUCCGAAUUGGAUGACUGAUGGGAUGGCUGUAAUUAUCAUCGCUAUUUUCUUGUUCAUUUUGCCAAAGGGAAAAUCUGGCCUGUUUUGUAUGUUUUCGAAGAAUAUCAAGAUUGAAGAUGGACCGGCAGAGGGAAUACUGAACUGGGAAAUUGUGCAAAGAAAAUGCGCCUGGGGCGUGUUGAUUCUCAUGGGCGGCGGUUUCGCAAUUGCUCUUGCGUCAGAUGAGUCGGGCUUUUCAGAAUUUAUCGCCAAUGGGCUAGCAAAAAUAACUGAUGGUUGGGAUGCAUGGGCAAUUUGCCUGUUAUGCUCAGUAAUUGCAGCUUUAUUCACGGAAAUCACGUCGAAUACAGCUGCGAAUGCUCUGUUUAUGCCUCUGCUGAAUAAACUGGCGCUGAAGAUCUGCAUUCAUCCUCUCUAUCUGAUGAUUCCCAGUUGUAUGGCUUGUUCUUUGUCAUUUAUGCUUCCAGCGGCAACUGCUCCAAAUGCGAUUGCCUUUGGAAAUGGAAAACUAAAAACGACAAACUCGGCACUUGCUGGAUUUAUGCCGAAAAUAUUAGGGAUUUUGGUGCUCAAUACAUUUGUUAUAUUCUUUGGACCACUCGUUUAUAAAACAGAUAACUUCCCUUGUUUCGGAAUUCCGUACGCGCCUGAAUUAGUUUUUGUGAUCUCAUCUUCGGCAGAGAAGAUCAAAAGUCACCAGAAAUACCCAUCAGACGUUCAAGACGAUGUGCUUUUCCAAGGACUACAAAUGGGAAUCCACAGAGAUAACUACUCUUGCCCCGACUACGAUCUUGGUUCUCUGUGCGACACUGAUUGCAGGGUUGACUAUAUCGGAUGUAGACAGGAAUGCUCGGAGAUCGUUUGCGAGAAUGAAUGCGUUAUCAUUUAUGGUGAAUGCCUGUCGGACUGCCCAUGUGGCGUCAACUGCCCUAUUGGUUGCGAGAAUUGCCCUCAUCCACUUUGCGUUCCAAGUCCCUGUGAUGAUUUGGAAAAUAAUUUGGACUUUCAAAGAUGCAAAAAUAUCAAUCAAAAUGAGCUCAAUUGGUGUAUUGACGACUGUAAAAAUUCUCAAUAUGAUUGCUAUGAGAUUUGUACAGAUAAAUUUCUUGCAUCGAUGAAAAAUUGCCCUUGCUAUGAAGGCUGCCCUCAAGGCUGUCCAUUUUGCUCGGAUUAUCAAUGCGAAGGCGACGGCUUCGUUGUUAUUAAUCAAAUACGGAGCUACCAACUUAGUCUUGACGGUGAUUCAUACUCAAGAGAAUUCCUCUAUCCAACCGAAGACUCAUCUUAUGUCUACCAGGCCGCUCAUGCUUUUUUUCAGGGCAAUUUUUAUAUUUUCGGGGGGCAGAGUGACACUAAAAAGAUUGCUGUCUUAAAUGGAUGCGCUUUUGAGGAGCUAUCGACUCGUUUGACAUACAGUCACUCAUGGGGAAACUCCGCAGUCGUGCUUCCUAACUCCUCAAAGGUUCUUCUUUGCUUUUCACAAGAACUUGACUAUAAAGGAUGCAUGAAUUUCGAUGGAACAUCUGUUGGUGUUGAAUCUUACAGAACAAGUCACUUACACUUUAUGGGAUGCGUCGGAAAUUAUCGAUCAACGAUUCUUGCCGUUGGAUCGAAUCAUAGUGAUGGACAGGGUAAAUAUGUGGACAUUAGGGAUGCGAACUCAGGCUCAUGGUCAACAACAACUAAUUUUCCAUAUGAGGGUUAUACUGAAGCAAACUUUUGUCUCGGAGUAGAAGAUGCGAUGCUGUCAAUAGGCGGUUACUCCGUGACAACAGCAGUGUACAUGUAUCGUGAUGCUAGAUGGACGAAUCUUGGCUCUAUGAAUAAUGAUCAUUAUAUGUCACCCUCGAUCAUGUUCAAUAAUGAAAUCUAUUCUGUUGGGAGAUACGCCGUUGAAAAAUUUCAAAUUGAUGUCAGCAAUAACGUCAUGACGACUCCUACAAUCUUUUAUGAGGGAAGCGGAAGCGAUGAACCGGGAUCGCUUUUAUUUGAAAGCAUCUACAAUUCCUGUACUUAG